CAUAUACAAAAGAUAGAUAUUAUACAAACAUGUAUGAACAAAUCGACUUCGAUCUUUCUCUCCUAGAAUCCAUUUCUAAUUAUCUUCUAGAUGAUCAUUCUGAGAAUAAUUACUCAUACAAUGACCAUCAUAGCCCGGUUGGUUGUUUUCCUCCCGUUUUCGAUUCUAUUGAUCAGUUUAAUCUUCCAUCCAUCUCUCCACAAUCGUCCAUAAAUAUCGAUCCAGAAAUGUAUAGUAGUACGAAUCUAACGGAUGACUUCAUCGAGUCGUUUCCAAAUUUAGAUGAUUUCGAAAUAUCUAGCUUACUAGAUUGCACUAGUAGUGACUUUAUCAAUCCAGUCACUAAUAAUUACUCAACAGAAAUGUUUCCAUCUUCAAACAUCCCACUAAACUGGGAUUUUUCGACAGGAAAUGUUGUCGCGUUAUAUAAUAACGAUCACGAAGUAUUCUCAGCCAGGGAGGACCUGCUGCCAUCUCCACCGUCGUCAACCGAAAACAAAGAAAAUAAAAAUGUGGACAAUAUUCUUAUGAAGAAUAUGGAAGAAGUCGUCAUGUUACCAUCUUCAACAUCAGUUCAUCAUGAGAGGAAAUAUAGAGGGGUGAGAAGGCGGCCAUGGGGCAAGUUUACAGCGGAGAUGAGGAACCCGGAGAAAAGAGGAUCUAGAUUAUGGCUAGGAACUUACGAGACCCCCGAAGAAGCAGCCAUGGCUUAUGAUCGCGCCGCCUUUAAGCAUCGUGGUGCUCAUGCUUUGCUUAACUUUCCUCAUUUGAUCGAGUCACAUAACGACUAUCAGGAAAAGCAAAAUGACAACAAAAAGAGAUCUAUUGUCUCGUCGGCAUCUUCUUCCUCCUCUUCUUCUUACUCGUCAUCGGAUUCAUCAAAUAUUGCCCACAAGAAGAGAAGGAGAUGAGCUAGUUAAUUAUUUAUGUACCUUUGAAAAAUAAACUUAGAUGAUAUAUCGUACAUUACGAACUUUUUUAUACGCUUUUGU